GCCAGUCUGCUGGUAGUCGUUUUCGUCUGUUCGCUAGGUUCUCCGCCAAGUCAGCCAAGUUAAGGACGACUUCUCAUGUGCACAGUCUUAUAUUGGAGUUCGAAAUGCUCUCAAGCUCUUGUGCCGAUAUUGUUGCUUCGUUUUUAUGCCGUCGCUACCGGCUGAAGCGACGUUGAAGCGCGAGGAACCAAGCCGGGCGCAGUUCUGUUGGUUCUGUUGGCGCAGGUCUUGCGCAUCUCCGAUACGUUUGGUGACUGUCAAACACUGCAGCAUUCGCUGCGAAGUGAGAACGAAAACGUUCGGAGACAGUGAAGUGUAUUCCUACGUGGCGAACUCCCGAACCUCCUCAAGGGGCUUUGCACGAUGAGCUACAAUCUACAGACAGUCGAGGCUGCUCUGAGCCAGCUUUACAGUAACAUGGGUGCUGGCUCUGCCGAAGCGAAUCAGUACCUGACUGCGAUGCAGGCUUCAGCGCAAGCGUGGGACAUUGCAUGGAAACUUCUUGAUAAAACCAAGCCAGUGGAGGUUCAGUACUUCGGCGCGACAACCUUGCACACAAAGAUUUCACGACACUGGUACCAGCUGCCACAACGAGAGUACGAAAGCUUGAGGAACCGGUUGUUGCAAGCCAUGGUUGACUAUGCACUGGGCCCGAGGCUCGUCCUGACCAAAAUUUUGGUGGCGUUGGCCUCGUAUGUUGUGAACACAAUUGGGAACUUCUGGCCUUCCGCAAUUGACGAUCUACUAGCAUCGUUACAACCACAACUGUUCACAAUUCUGGCAGUGAGUGAGUUCGUUCACUUCCAGCCUGACCACCUCCUGAAAAUUCUGCUGGAUCUACUGACCUUCAUCCCUGAGGAGCUGCAGUCAACAGAGCAGUUGAUGAGAGGCCCAAGUCGGAAGUUGUUGGAAGAAUCUGGUGGCAAGAUUGUGGCCUUCAUCAACAGACUUGCAGUGCUAAACACUGAUGCCCUGGGCUGCCUCUCCUCAUGGUCCCAGCUGGCCUUCGUCCCGGAACAGCACUUGGUGUUGCUUCCACGAGUACUCGCAUGCGUCCGGAAUGCCGAGUUUUGCCGCCCGGCCGUCGAACUGUUGACCGUCAUUGCCGGACAACCGGACCUUCACAAGUUCCCUAGGUUCGUCAUGGAGGUUAUCAGAUGCGUGGUACAAUUAGACGACGUCUUCUCUGAAAAGAUGGCCUCUGGCGAUACGGAAUUGUGCGGUCACCUAUGCAGACUGCUUGUUGAAAUUGUCGAAUGUCACGCCCACAGUAUGGUGUUGAUGCUGCUCAGCAAGACUGACCACAAGCCCACAAUACUGAAGCUCUUUGACCAUUUACUGAAGUUCACGGGGACACCGCACCAGUACCCAGUAGAGGAGACGUGGAGCCGUGACUCCCUUCCGGCCUGGCACGCGCUCCAGGACUCGGUCACCACGUGCGAGGGGCCCCAGCGUGAAUCCCUGCUGCUCAUGCUGCAGCCGCUCUGGCACAAUCUGUUUGUGACCCUUCUGCGCAAAGCGCAGUUGCCUUCAGAUCAAUCUCAGUGGGAUUCGGAGGAGAAAGAUGCCUUGCGGUGCUAUCGCCAGGACAUCGGUGACUGCAUUAUGGCGCUGUUCGACGUCUUGCGGGAGUCUUUGCUCGCGGCGCUCGCUGUUCACCUUGAGCUGGCGGUGCGUGCCCUAGAGAAGGACCGUAGCGCGUGGCAGGCAGCAGAGGUAUGUCUAUUGGCACUGCAGUCAGUGGCAGAGAAUGUCAGACCCCAAGACGAACCAUACCUGGGACCCCAGCUUCGGAAAGCCCUGCCUCAUCUCAUGGCCGACCCUCGGCUCCAGCCAGCCACCCUGACUUGCCUAGGAUCCCUUGGCAGCUGGCUACAGGACCCCCAGCAACUCGGCCUGGUGCUGCCUGUUCUCCUGGCAGGACUCGAGGCGGGACCGAAGAUGUCCAUGGCGGCCUCUCUGGCACUCAAGGACCUUGCCAGGGAUUGCCGCCAGGCUCUUGUCCCGCACACCCAACCCUUGCUGGAGGCCAUCCAGCGACUGCUCUUAACGCAGCAGCUGCGCCCUGCCGAGAGGGUCCGCCUGUUAAACCUGGCCGGCCAGUUGCUGGCAUCGUGGGAGCUCGCACCUUCCGAAGCUUGGCUUUCCACAGUGCUUGAUUACCAGCUACAGCUUCUGCAAGCAGGCACGCCCGCAGUGAGACAGGCAUUGCAGGAACUAGCGGCGCUUGUUUCGGGACUGGCAGGCCGCGAGGAACCACCAUCGCUGGUCGAGGCAGUCGUCCAGCGAGCCUUGCCUGCACUCGGUGCCAUCGCUGCCAUGCACGCCAGCGAUGAAGGCACCAUAGAGGCUCUCUGCGAGUGUGUGAAACGAGCAGCUGUGGCACUCGAACGGCCCGCAGCUGAGCAACUCCUCUUUCUUUUGGUCCAACUUCAAGAGGCAUGUCCCCAGGCAAGCGUUGUGGACACAUGUCGGCCACUGCUGCUGAUGUUAUCGAUUCCGAGCAACAGGCUGCACCCUUCUGCCGUUCCGGCGCUCGCGAGGAUCUGUAAUGUGACUUUGAUUCCGGCAAUGGCAUCCUUGGCCAACUUUCAAGAAAGGACAGCCGUUCUGGAGUCUCUUUAUCAGUGCCUUGGCUUCCUUGCCCGCAAGGCUGUUUACGUUCUAACACCAGAGGCCGUCAAUCUCUCCAUGGUGUUCCAGUGUGCUAUUCUGGCCAUUGGACUUCCCGAGAAAGGAACAGUCAAGGCAGCUGCAUUUUUCCUGGCUGAAGUUAUCCAGCAGAGCGUGCAGCAUGACACACUUGUACAGCUUGCAGAAGUGGUGGACACUUACCGGAUGCUCAUUCUGGAGAGGUGCUUCCUAGUGGUCGGUGGCGGCCAGUCGCCACGGUCGGCAGUGGAACCCAUGGCAGACGUGGUUCUGGCACUGACCAAGCAAAACCUGCAGGCUACCAGCCACUGCGUCUCUGAACUGCUCUUGCGGCCGGGUUUCCCGAGUCCGCAGCUGACCCACGAUCACCGAGUGCGCUACAUCCGCCUGCUUCUCAAAGAGAGGACCAAUAAGCGCAUCAUCAAGGAGGCACUCGUGGAGAUGUGCCUUGUGUGCAGAGGAAUCGUUGGCACAGAGUACGCAGCCCAGACGACGCAGCACUUCCCAUAGGCUACUUGACAAUCUCUGCGACGGGGAACAUUCGUAGGGCAUGUUGGUUGAUCCGUGCUCAACGGAAAAAGGAUCUGCACAUAAAAGCAUCAAAUGCACAGGAAAGAUGCGUGGAAGCACAAGGUGUAGUGCAGGCUCAGGAUUUUAAUGAAAAGAAAAUUAAGGGAGGGGAUCCCAUUUCAGAAACGUGCGUUUCAUUUCUGAGGAGAGUUUCACAAUUAUCAUUGAGUAUGUAUAUAUUUUUGUGCAAACUCAGACACGCAAUUUUUUUUUCUUGCACAACAUGUAGUUUCAAAGUAUCAAACUUGUUGUCCUGCAGGAGAGCUUUUUUUUUUUUCGUAAAGUCUGAAUAGCUAAGAAAAUAACCAUAUCAGAAGUCCAGAAUUAAACCUGUACGCUUUGAAACAAGAAUAGAUCUUCUAAGCAGAUUUAAAUGUAAGUUGUCGAAAUUUUGUGAUUGAAUCGGAAGAAAUCUCACUCGUAAAAGUUCUACAUGGGGUAAUUAAUUUUUGUGCAAGUGAGCUUAAAAUAUCUACCCUUGUUUUACUGCAUGGUUUUCAUACCAGUUUAUCCCGAUAUGUUGAUUGACUUUGUAACUCUCGCAGAUAAGAAAAGAAUUACGUUCCUCUAAGACAUGAAACUUGAAACUCUAAAACUACACAUCGCACUUGAAGAACGAUCGCGUGUUUGAAACAAGUCCGUGAAAAAUGCAUAACCUGUGAAAGGUUCUCAAAAAUAAAAUUAAUUUGCAGGUUCUUUUUUACAAUAUGACUCAAAGCCAAUAGCAUGAGCAUUUUUUUUUUAUCAUGGACAAAGAAUUGUGUCUGCAUAGUUGUAUUUGACAGGUUCACUCAUCACAUUCUCAACUGAGUGAUGUGUAGCAAUUAUGGUGUUUUUUACGUAGACUCGCUGUAAAUUGAAGUCUUUUUAGGGGAGAUGCGAUUUGAAAAAAGAAAUAAUACUAAUUCUUUAUUGUGUAGCCUAGGGCAAUGAAAUUUUUGCUGUUUAUAUUGCCUAUUAUGCUGAUUUUAAAUAUGUGAUUAGUUUUAUAGUGAGUUGCACAGUUUUCGCUUUGUGCCAUGACAAUGUGUAAAGUAUAGUCCAUAUUACAGUCUUCUUAUGCCACUAACUUUUUUCGGUUCUGAGCCAUUAACAGCUCACAUUGCUCCUGACUGUAGGAUGCAAAUAACUAUCAAUAAAGUGUUUAUAAGACAUAUUAAUGGACAAGAAGAAUUGUGAUGUGGGAAUUUUUAGAAUCUCCAGCCCACGCUAAUUGAUUGCGUUGGGUUUUUAAUAACUAUACAGGUGAUACAAAAAAAUUUAAGCUAAAUACUCGCACCCUUCAUAUGUUAAGGAAUGUGUGAGUGAAAUUUCAUCUCGAUUGGGCUAUCAGAAGUACCAAAAACAUGAUGUUGAAACUCAAUACGUGACCCGAAAAUUGUUUUUGAGAAAAGUGAAUUUGAGACGUACAAGUGAAAGCUAAUCUAUGCGGAAGAGAUGUGCGUUUUAAGACGAUUGCUUCCAUCAUGAGAUGCAUGUGACUUGAGGGAAGUCCUCAUGCAAGAUGCAAUGGCAAGCAGCCAGGUUACCAUUUCCAGAGGACUUUAGAGAGUGAGCUCUCUAUAUUCUUUAGUACCCACCUUGUGCUCUUUUAAAGCGAUUUUUAACCUACUUUGAGUUUAAUUAUAUUCUUCAAUUUUUUUGUUGUGAAAGUAGAGAAACUAAACUUAUGAAAGCACAUAAGAAUGAGAAAUAAGUAAUUCUGGAAAAAAACUUGCGACUAUUCGACUCGCAUCUCCCCUUAAAUGGAACUGCCCCCAAUACCUUGUACUUGAAAUAAUUUUUUUUCAUCUCUCACGAAAUGAAACUUCCUUUAAACUUUUCUGAGUCUGGCAAUUAGUCUGCCGUGUAUUCACUAGCCAACAAGUCUAUCAAUAGCUAAAACCAAACACAGCACAAAAUAAAGGGAAACAAUGUUUUGUUUUGUAAUGGUUUGCCAACACGCCUAACAUUUCACGUUAAAGCAUUGGUCAGCUUGCACUACGUGCUGUCAUUACGCGCCUUUCCUGUGUAUUUUUGCACACAAACUGUUCAGUCUGUGAUAUCACACUUCAAACAGUGCACCUUUUAUUUAUGGAGGUGUGCAAACAUUUCUCGUGAGAACAGUCGGUGUGGCACUGAGGUCUAGUACUCACCGUUGUAUUAGUCAUAGCUGUAAAAGAUCUCAGCCACGUGUCAUUUAAUCAAACUCUUCCGUGUGAAGUUAUAUGCGUUCGAGUGUGUGUGUUUAAAAAGCAAUAACAAGGCUACCCAUGCUCUGUGUGCAUUGCCAAACUCGUCUAUUGGCUGUUUGUAAGCGAUCCACCUUGAAUUUAAUGUUCCCCUGGCGUGCGUUUCACUGCAAGUUCAGUUACUGCAUGUCAGUGCUGUGCUACUGUCAAUUUUCGAGCUACCGUAACUUUGCAGUCAAAUACAUUAGCUUGACGCUGAUGGCUGAAGGAAGUUUUGAGUACUUUGACGUCAGGUGUACUAAAAGAUAAGUGCUGAAAUACAGAUAUAAGUAAAGCUGCUCUCUUCUUUAUGUUGUCAGCUUUAGUGCCCUGCAGCGUAGCAAAUGCGAGUACUACUAGUAGUACUCGCCUACAAUUACGUAUUCCUGAAGGUGUGUACUAAUAAAAGCAUACUACUCUAGCAAUACCCUGCAGCAAGCAGACGCAGUCACAGGAAGUGGACGAGCCCGAUAAAUGAUUCUGUAGCUUGUGUGCGAUUUAACGUGGCUCUGCCCUGCUCGAAAAGCUUGAUUUUAAGGGCUCCGCUUUGUUCGAAAGUAAAGCAGCAUUACUUUAUUCACUACCCUUCAGCCUCUUGAAAUUCGUGAAAAUUGCGUCGUUUUGAAAAGAGUUUAUGAAUACGUUGGAGCAUUUUUAUACUUUAGUAACAGGGUCAGUUACGUCUCUUUUCUUUUUUUUCUUACUCUGCUGGUAGGUUCUCCAGCAGUUGACAAGGGAAGAGAGUGUUGUUUGGUUGUUUUGUGAUUAGCGCUGUGGACCUAACGCAAGUGCUGUGAUGCAGGCAUGCCUGGCAGCUUCGAGGAGUGUGGUUCAAACACGAGCAACUUGUCAUUGUCAUUAGGUUAGCGUCGGUGUUGUUGAAAAUUUGGUGUACGUUCUUUUUCUUAUUCGGUGGGUGCUUGUUACUGCUGUAUCACAUAGCCCGAGUCUGUACAGUUUUUGUCGAUUGCGUGCCGUACGUGCUUUUUUCCAUUUGUUUUGUACAGAUGACAUCUUUUUCAAGAAUCUACGAGCGGCAGCUCUGUUGACCAUGUUUACUUGUACAGGUUAUAAAGAUGUUUGCAACUGAAAACAAAAA